CUGAGACUUGCACUUUUCGCCACUCCCAUUUUAUAUACUGAAUAACUGCGUUUUCAAGUAGAGAACGGCCGCAACUCUCUAAGACGGUGAAUGCCUUGUAAUGCGAAGCGUGCGUUGAUAUUUCUGCACUUGGUCGUACAGUUUUUAUGCUAUCAAACUGUGGAAUUACUGAAACGCUGCUUUCAUAAUCGUUUGGUUUCCGCCGAGUAGUCUGAGAGGAGAGUGCAAUAACAAGUGUUUGGUGAUUAAGUGGAGUGUUUGUAGUUGUGUGGAUACAUUACACAAUCACACACACGUGAAGGUGCAUGAAGUAAAAGGUAGUUUCUAGUUGCUACAUUGAUCUGUCUGCCUGGACAGAUUGAGACUUCGUGGUCAGUCCAUUAAGAAUAAUAAUGGGUUAUUUUUGGUUUUUCUCUGCUGAAACAUGGGCCCUUCUGAUACUAUUUCUGAGCCUGCUAGUUCUAUAUGGCUAUUGGCCCCACAGUUUCUUUACCAGGCUGGGAAUUCCAGGUCCUAAACCUUUACCGUUCAUUGGAAACAUGUUAGAAUAUAAGAAGGGUUUUCAGUAUUUUGAUUUUGAGUGCUAUAAAAAGUACGGCAGAAUAUGGGGUAUAUAUGAUGCCAGGCAGCCUGUGUUGAGUAUCAUGGACAAAGACAUUAUCAAAACCAUCUUGAUCAAAGAAUGUUACUCUCUCUUCACCAAUAGAAGAAAUUUCCGUUUGAACGGACCAUUGUAUGACGCUGUGUCCAUUGUCGAGGAUGACGACUGGAGGAGAAUUCGAAGUGUUCUGUCCCCAUCUUUUACCAGCGGUAGACUGAAGGAGAUGUUUAGGAUCAUGAAGACACACUCCCACUCUUUAGUUCAACAUUUAGCGAAGACAUCAAAGCGCGAGGAAGCAGCAGACAUUAAGGAAUUCUUCGGAGCCUACAGUAUGGAUGUGGUAACUAGCACAGCGUUCAGCGUUGACAUAGAUUCCCUCAACAACCCUGAGGACCCGUUUGUGACCAACAUCAAGAAGAUGCUCAAAUUUGACCUUUUGAAUCCUCUCUUCCUUGCAGUUGCUCUGUUUCCCUUCAUCGCGCCUGUGCUUGAGAAAAUGGAGUUCGCCUUCUUCCCAACUGCAGUCACUGAUUUCUUCUAUGCAUCCCUACAAAAGAUCAAGUCUGAGCGAAAAGCCGUGGACCUUAAGAGACGAGUGGACUUCAUACAGCUGAUGAUUGAUUCUCAGAAAUCAGAAAAAGAUGAAAAGGACAUCAGCAAAGGUCUGAAUGAUCAUGAGAUCCUGUCCCAGUCAAUGAUCUUCAUCUUUGCUGGCUACGAGACGACGAGCGCUACAUUGACCUUCUUUUUCUAUAACAUGGCCACUAACCCAGAAUCCAUGAAAAAACUCCAGGAAGAGAUUGACCAAACUUUCCCAGACAAGGCUCCAGUUGAGUACGAUGCGGUGAUGAACAUGGACUAUCUGGAUGCCGCAUUGAAUGAGUCGCUCAGGUUGUAUCCUGUUGCCUCUCGGCUGGAAAGAGUCUGCAAGAAAACCGUGGAGAUCAAUGGCCUUACCAUCCCCAAGGACACCGUCGUCAUGAUACCAGUCUAUUCCCUUCACAGAGACCCUGAAUACUGGACUGACCCAGAUACCUUUAAUCCUGAGAGGUUCACUAAGGAGAACAAGGAGCUCAUUGACCCCUACGCGUACAUGCCCUUCGGGGCAGGACCCAGGAACUGCAUUGGGAUGAGGUUCGCCCUGGUGUCCAUGAAGCUGGCCAUCGUACAGAUACUGCAAAACUUCAACGCCAACGUCUGUGCUGAGACAAAGGUUCCUUUGGAGCUUGGCUUUUCAGGGCUAUUGGCUCCUAAAGACCCUGUUAAACUCAAAUUCACCCCUCGGAAAGCAGCUCACGUGACAGAACUCUCCAAUAACAACCAUGUGGACUCCUAGGUUGUACACACACAGGGCUGCUUUGUUGUUUUUUAAUACAUAACAUCAUGCAUAACCCCACCUUUAACUGCAUAACCCAAACUUUAAUGGCAUAACCCCACCUUUAAUGGCAUAACCCCACUUUUUACAGUAUAAUCCCCCCUUUAGUGCAUAAUCUAUAAUCCCACUUUUACUCCUUAACUCCACCCUAUACUUUAUAACCCCACCUUUUGGUGCAAAUCCACCUUUUACUACCUUUUACACAGUAUAGUGUAUAACCCCACCUUUUAGUGAAUAAUUCCACUUUUUAAUGCCUCAUCUCACCUUUUACAUUUACUUUUAGUACAUAAUCCCACUGUGUAGUGUAUAACCCCACAUUUUAUUGCAUAACCGCACCUUUUAUUGUAUAAGCCCACAUUUUAAAUAUCAAGUGUAGCAGAUAGUUGGUGUUUGAAGCUUUUAAAAGUCACAAUUAAAAUCAAUAUUAUUCCAGUUUUGUAUGUUUUAAAUACUGGUGUGAUUAUUUUGUUGACAUUAUAUGAGCCUGUGUGAAUCUGAAUAUCUGUCAUGUUCUGGGCAACUUGGAUUGUAAAAACAAUAAUGGAGUAUCUUAAAAGAAGCCCAACUCACAGAGCGCAUCCAUCAA